AUGAAGUGGUGUAUGGCAAUUCGUUGUAUUAAAGCAAGCUCGGCUGCACUUCGACACCAUCAUGAAGCUUAUGACGCUGAGCUGAAGACGUUGCUAGAGUUUCUAGACCACGAAGACGUAUUGGUGGCGUAUGCUGCAAAGGAGGAGCUUCGGAAGGUUCUUAUUAACGACAAAAUUACUGAGACUAGUUGUGCCAACGAGAUCGUCAGAGCUUUUAUAUUGAUGUCGACUACGAAUUGGAGACGGGAGGCCAGUGGAUUCCGAUUCCAAUUGCUGCGACAACUUCUUAAUGUGAAAAAGGGGAAACAGCUGACGGAAGGAGGUAGUGCCGAUGAGGAAGGCCAAUUAGGAUGUAUUGUGGAGCACCCAUAUUUACACACAGUGCUGGUGAAUCUAGUGCAGGUAGGAGAUAUGGUGUGCAGUGUUUUGGUGACAGCUGAUCACUCUGGAGGAGGUGUUGAUCGAGCAACAAGCGCACCUUACUCGGUCCAGUACGAGGCGCUCGUAUUUCUGAGUGAAUUUGUCAAACGACUCCAUAGUUUGACGAUUGCAGAUCGGUAUCAACUAGAGCUGAGUGAGCAUAUGAUGGUACUCAUGGACGACGUUUUCAUAACGAUGGACUACGUCUUACAACCAACCUUCAUAUCUUGUGCGGUCCUAGGACUGCUUGGUGACUUUCAAGAACUGCUAAAGUUUUGGGCAAGCCAGAUACAGGAAGACGAGUAUUGUUGUCUGAAAUCGGUGCUUCCAAAGUGGCUCAAGCUGUGUUUGGUGUGGUUACUGCAGUCUUCCUGCACGUCUACGGCAUUGCGACUACUUCAUGACAACGAACAUACAGCUGUGACAAGCCAAAGGGCAUUUAUUGCAGAGUCCAGUAGAUACCCAUUCUUGCAGCAAUGGCUUCUCUACUCAAGUCGCAUGGGGACUGCUUAUCUGAAAGCUUUGCUCACUCAAAGGCAGAGUGCCGGCAAGGACACGUUACAAAUGCCGACCCUUCCUGGUAAACCAUAUUGUUCUGCAAAGCAGCUACUGAGCCGCCAGCAACUUUUUACGAUAUUGGCUGAGCAAGAUGAUGUUAUGAUCGAAGUUCUGAACGGUCUCAUGCAAAUGACGAUCCUUGCGAAUCAUCCCAGUGGUAGUCUCAGCCUCCUUACCCAGUGGUGUCCAUCACUUACUGCGUAUGUAACAGCAGAAUUCGACCCGGACCUACUGUUCGCUGAUCUUGUAGAAAUACUUGGGCGGGACCAUUUGGUGCUACUUGAUCUCCUUGUGUCAAAUGAAACUCAAAUGCUCGAGUAUCUUGUGAGAUAUCUGCGACACCUGAAUACACAUUGGGACGCUAGCAAGCAAAAAUUGCAGGCUUGCGGACGACAAGAAAGUGUGAUGAGUGUACUCAUCCGGCUACGAUUGGAGAUCGAUCGGCUCGUUACUGCCGACUUAUUCCCGUAUAAUGCAGGGCCUCUCGUAAAGCGAAUGAAGGCAAUCGAACAGCUUUACGAGGAGCUGUAA